CUGAGUCUUGUCCUGUGGAGGUGGAUCCAAGGCGCAAGCUCUUAGGAACAACUCUGCUUUGUCUGCAUCUUAGGUUGAAACGAAGGUGGUUCCUAUAAUCCGCCAGUUUCCUUGAUUCCCUUUCAUACUCCCGUACCAGUUGAAGGGUGUUCCUCCCAAAAUGUACGGCAAUAUGUCUGUGAAGGUUCUCAGUCAUCCAGGUCAUCAUAGUCAAAGGAGUUUGCAAACUCCUUUGUCCUCAGAGUUGGUGGUCGGAUAAGAUAUGGAGAGGUUCCUCACGAGGAAAAGAACCCUAAGAUCAUUCCUUGUAAGCACCAUAUUGCACCAUUGCUGGUCAGACAUUUCCAUGAACAAACCCUGCACCAGGGACGCCACUUCACAGAGGGUGCCAUCCGUGCAGCAGGCUACUGGAUAAUAGGUAUGAAGAGAUUGGUGAGCACUGUCAUCCACCAUUGUGCCACAUGUCGAAAGCUCCGCGGCCUCCCUGAACAACAAAAGAUGGCUGACCUGCCAUCAGAUUGCCUCUCUAUGGAAUCCCCAUUUACCUACGUUGGACUGGACGUGUUUGGCCCGUGGAGUGUUGUUGCACGGCGUACAAGAGGUGGUCUCGCCCAUAGUAAGAGAUGGGCAGUUAUAUUCACUUGUAUGGCCGUUAGAGCAGUCCACAUAGAGGUCAUAGACUCUCUGGACACCUCAUGCUUCAUCAAUGCCCUCAGGAGGUUUCUAGCUAUUCGAGGUCCUGUGAAACAAAUACGUUCGGACAGAGGCACAAACUUCGUGGGUGCGUCAGCUGAACUAAAGAUUCCAUCCAAUAUUGACUCCACGUCUGUUGAGAAGUACCUAGCAGGAAAAGGCUGUGCAUGGGUCUUUAACCCUCCACAUGCGUCUCACAUGGGUGGCGCAUGGGAGAGGAUGAUAGGAAUAGCCAAAAGAAUCCUCGAUUCAAUGUUCCUGCAACUUGAGACAUCAAACUUGACGCAUGAGAUCCUUACCACGCUGAUGGCAGAAGUGGUAGCAAUUAUCAAUGCCAGGCCUCUCUUACCAGUAUCUACUGAUCCAAGUGACCCAGUUCUACUCACCCCAGCCACUCUCUUAACUCAGAAGAUGGGUACGCCAUCAGCUCCACCUGAAGACUCCAAUGUCAAAGAUAUGUGUAAACAACAAUGGCAUCAGGUGCAGCAUCUGGCCCAGACUUUCUGGAGCAAAUGGAGACGGCAGUAUCUUUCUUCACUGCAGCCAAGAAGAAAGUGGCAGGACAGUCAACCCAAUCUGGAGCCUGGGAGCAUUGUACUUCUCAGAGAUCAGCAGCUCAAGAGAAAUGAAUGGCCUCUUGGGGUAAUCACCCAAGUCUUCCCUAGCCAGGACAAUAAGGUCCACACAGCGGAGGUGAAGGUAUCCAGGCAAGACGGGACAAAAGUAUUUUUGAGACCUGUGUUGGAGCUCAUUCUUCUGUUACAUCCAGACAAAGACUGAACUGUUACUCUAUAUGUAUAUACAUAUAUAACCAUGUAUAACUGUUCUGUAUUGUAUGUUAAUUGUGGCAUUCUAUCAUGCCAGGCGGGGAGUGUGCUGAUAGUGUUAGUGCAGCUGUCCCUUUAAUAGUUCUGAUACCUGGUGACAUCACAGGAAGCAGGAAGUAAUAAGGUUUAGUGAAGUUUGCACAUGGCCAAGGAGACUGCCAUGAAUCCACAUGCAUCUGCCCUCAAUCCUUCGUCUUUUGGAGCAUCGUCUUUUCACACUUUCUACGUCAUUAAACCUGUGGACAAAGAGUAAUGGUCUUCAGAGUCUUGAUGGAAGAAAAGUGUUGAACCUUGCUGCCGGUCCCUCUUCUGUGCAGUGUGAAGAGGGAAAGACAGUACAUUGUUGUUUAGAGAUGCUAUUUCCCCACUUUUAGAAGCUCAGACUCCUCCCAACCAAGAUGUAACUCUUUUCAUUUAGUCUUUAUUGUGGCCCAUGAAACAGUCGGUACCAACAGCAUUUAAGGGCUAAUGCAAAUUGACAUCAAUGGAAGUGGAAAGUUCAGCAGGUGAUGUACUAACAAUGUGCUAAUUUCUGAAGAGACACAGGCAGUUAAAAAGAAAAAGAAAAGAAGCAGGCAGUAAAUCUAGUUUAGGGUAAGUCUUUGUUUAAUAGUGACCAUUUCACUCCAUUGUUUUAGGGUGAUAAGUGCCAAUGUAGGGAGUAUAAGCGCCAAUGUAGGGAGUAUAAGCACAGUGCUGAGUCUAGACACAUGGGGGGCAUUGCAUGUGGACCUUGAACUGGGACUGCUGCUCCUUCCAGUGUAACCUUACUUAACCAGGGGUAGCUGAACACAGAGCUUGAAGGAAUUUGUUUACUGUGGAAGGGAAAUGUUUUUGUGUUGAUGCUUAAAGGAAAAGUCUUUUGG